AUGGAGCCCAGCUGGAGUACAUUUCUAUUUCAACAGGCAAAUGAGGCCCUCCAUCACCAGCACCCAGUGUCUGCCAACAGCCUGCUCCCUCUGCUCAACUCCGGAAACGACCCUCCAGACCAGAAACCGGUCCUACCCAUCCCCCUGGACCAGAAGCCUCCGGUCAGCGCGGCCGAGCUCCUCAAAGACAAUGUGGCCAGCGGAACGGGCAUGAACUCUGUGGCACCCGGGGGUCCUCCGGUGGUUAUCAAAAAGGAGCCCAAGUCCAAAACUCCCUUCGUCUGCGGCCUCUGCCACAAGGCGUUUCGAGACAGCUACCAUCUGCGGAGACACGAGUCCAGCCACACAGGGAUCAAGAUGGUCUCCAGGCCCAAGAAAACACAGAGCGCGCCCACCAUGGUGCCGCUAAUAUCCACCGUCCCUCGAGAAAAUGAUGCCAACCAGUCCUACAUCACCACAGUGGCAGGACAUCUCCUGUCCGCCUCGCCUAUAGGUAUCAUGACGACGGCCACCACCUCCACUGGCACCGGCACCAGCGUCAUGUCCCCAAUGCACCACCAGCAGCAUCAUCACCAGCAUCAGCAGCAUCAGCAGCAACAGCAGCAACAGCAGCAGCAGCAACAACAACAACAACAGCAGCAACAACAGCAACAACAACAACAACAACAGCAGCAGCAGCAGCAGCAGCAGCAGCAGCAACAACAGCAGCAGAACAUCCCCAAGAAAACCCCCAAACCUGUGAAGAAGAACCACGGCUGUGACAUGUGUGGGAAGGCCUUCAGGGACGUGUAUCACCUGAACCGCCACAAGCUGUCCCACUCCGACGAGAAGCCUUUCGAGUGCCCCAUCUGCCAGCAGCGCUUCAAGAGGAAAGACCGCAUGACCUACCACGUCCGCUCCCACGAUGGAGGCGUGCACAAGCCCUACAUCUGCUCCGUCUGCGGCAAGGGAUUCUCCAGACCAGAUCACCUCAGCUGUCACGUAAAACACGUCCACUCGUCAGAGCGGCCGUUCAAGUGCCAAGUAACGGCCUGCACGUCCGCCUUCGCUACCAAAGACCGGCUACGCUCCCACAUGAUCCGGCACGAGGGGAAGGUCACCUGUAACGUGUGCGGGAAAAUGCUGAGCGCGGCUUACAUCACCAGUCACCUCAAGACCCAUGGACAGGCCAACUUCACCAAUAGCAGCCAACAGUGUAAUAAUAAAGGCCAAAGUGACUGGCAGUGGAACCACUCAGGGCCACGAAAAGGUGAGUUGACGGUAGGAGAAGUUUUAAAUAACUCCUUCCAACUCCUAAUUGACAACUCUCAAAAAGAUGCCAACAACGUCCACAACAACUCGGCCAGCACCACGCCCGUCACCAACUCGGCUGCCAUCACCUCGGCCACCGUCAACCGGACCCUCAACAACCCCGUUACUAUAGCUGCGCAGAUGAACAUAACCACGAAUACGGUCAACAUCACGGCCCCGAUGAACCUGCAGCACCCCUCCGGCGUCACCAUCACCGGCCCAGUCAACCUGGCGUCGGUCAACAUCCCCACCUCGGCGCACAUGAACCUGGCGCACCCGGUCGCCAUCACGACGCCUAUGCCAAUGAAUAUCACCGGCCCACUUAAUAUAGCAAUGCGCUCCAUGGAGAGUAUGCCCUUCCUGUCCCAAGUCCUGCCCUCCUCCCCGCCCUGGUAA